UUCCAUAUUCUUUGACUCACAAAAGCCCAAUGAGCGAAGUGUCGUCGUUUUACCUGACGGUUCAGCUUCCACGCGAUUACUGAAAGUUAACACUACGGUUUCUCUCUCUCUCUCUCUCUCUGAAUGGCGAAUCAAGAAACUGGUUCGUCUUCUUCCUCUGCUCCACAGGGCCACCAAGUUCAACUUCAGCAAGAAGAGGAAGAGUUGCUAUCAAUAUACGGAGCGGAAUCGGGUUGGGUUGAAGCUCGAACGAGCUGUGACCAUCUGGCCUCUCUGUCGGCCGACCUCGCUCACAUUCCCACACCCGAUACUCCUUGCUACAGGUGCCAACACCCAAAUGAGAACUGGUUAUGUUUAUGCUGUAAGGACGUGCUCUGUAGCCGUUUUGUGAACAAGCAUAUGCUGCAGCAUUUUCAACAGUCAAAUCAUUGCCUGGCACUCAGCUACAGUGAUCUGUCAGUUUGGUGUUUCUCCUGCGAUGCCUAUUUGGAUGCUCAAGUGAUUAUGCAACUGCGACCUGUUUAUGAGACAGCCUACAUUCUUAAAUUUGGUGAGGCUCCACCAUUUCGCAGAGUCUAAUAAUUAAGCUUGCAAGAUUGUCAAGCUAGGGAUUGAGGGUUCAUGAUCAAGCUGUGGAAGUUUGAGGUUUACCUUUUGGUGCAUAGGAGGGUUGGAGUUUGAACUGACUGGAGAUUCAUUGUACUACUCACUUAAAUCCAACACUAAAUAGGAAACUGUAAAAGAUUAUUGAUAUAUGAUUGUCAUAUGACCGGUGCAUAAGUUGGACUUUCUGAUAUGCAAGCCAUCUUUGUACCUGACCAAAGGUAAACACAUAUAUGAAAGGGCUUUUUUUAAUCUCA